AUGGAAGAACAAGAAGCUCCGCCACCACUACUGCCACCUCCUGCGCGGCCUACGAGCCCAACUUAUCUUUUCGCACCUAUUCAACCGACCCUUCUCCCAAACACGAAUUUGGAAAGCUUAAUGUCUUGUAAUUAUAAUCAAAAUCAUAUGUUGGAACAAUAUGCUGCCGCCGAAACAUCUGAUCAAAAUAUCGCCAAAUUUGCUGAUGAAGACAAUAUUAAGGAUAAAAGAAUAGGUGGAAGAGGCAGGAAUAGAAAAUCCACCAUUCCAAGAUUUGCCUUUCAAACCAAGAGUGAAGAAGAUAUACUUGAUGAUGGCUAUCGUUGGAGAAAAUAUGGCCAAAAAUCUGUCAAAAAUAGCAAGUUUCCAAGGAGCUACUACCGAUGCACACAUCUCACGUGCAGCGUGAAGAAACAAGUCCAACGGCUGACCAAGGACAGGAGCAUUGUUGUGACAACGUACGAAGGAAUCCACAACCAUCCAUGUGAGAAGCUGAUGGAAACUCUGAGUCCUCUUCUCAAACAAAUACAGCUCCUCACUAAUAGGUUCUAG